CACCCUUUUGCCUUCCCCUUCCACUCUCGUUUUAUUUCCUGCAUCUUUCCUUAUUCCGGGAAAGAAGCUUCUUCUUUUUUCUUUGUAUAUACUCCAUCUUUUGGGUUAAGAAAAGAGAGAAAAAGCGGAAGAUAAAUGGACGGUGAACGGAAUGGUUUGAAGGCUAAGGUCCCAUUUCACCCCAGAAGACGUAUCAACGUCUAUGGCUUGCCGUUGCUUCCUCCGAACAAUCAAGGAGAAAAAGAUGAUCUACAUGUUGAACUAUGGCAUGCAUGCGCUGGUCCUUCAGUUUAUGUGCCGCGCGCUGGGGAAAAGGUUCUGUAUUUCCCUCAAGGUCACAUAGAACAGGUGGAUGCAUGUAUGAAUCAAGAUGGGAUAAUGGAAAUGCCUAUCUACAAUUUGCCUUCUAAGAUCCUUUGCAGGGUGAUGCAUGUUCAGCUUAAGGUUGAACCUGGCACAGAUGAGGUCUUUGCACAAAUAACACUGAUUCCAGAAGCAGAGCAAGAUGAGGAAAGUUUGGAGCAUAGAAAUUAUCAACCUUUACCCCAGAAAGCCUAUCCAGUGUUCUUUAGUAAGAAACUCACUCCAUCAGAUACAAGCACACAUGGCGGAUUCUCUAUCCCAAAGCGACAUGUUGAUGAUGGGUGUCUCCCACCCCUGGACAUGUCUCAGCAAACCCCACAACAGGAAUUGGUCGCAAUAGACUUGCACGGUUUUGAAUGGCGCUUUCGACAUAUUUAUCGAGGUCAGCCAAAAAGGCACUUGCUUACAAGCGGCUGGAGUACAUUUCUGACUUCAAAGAAGCUUCUUGCUGGGGAUGAAUUUAUCUUUCUUAGAGGGGAAAAAGGAGAGCUCCGUCUCGGAAUUCGGCGAGCAACGACUGUUCUGAAAUAUACAUCAACAUCCAUCAUAUCUGGUCAUAGCAUGCGUCAUGGCAUACUAGCAAGUGCUUUUCAUGCGUUCUCUACUAGAAGCAUGUUUAAUGUCAACUACCGUCCUUGGUCUACUUCUUCUGAAUUUAUCAUCUCAUUAGAUCGGUAUAUGAAGUCGGCUCAAAUUGACUAUUGCAUCGGGACAAGAUUUAGGAUGCGAUUAGAAGGUGAAGAAUGUGCGGAACAAAGGCCUUCUGGCACUAUCAUAAGCAUUGAAGAUGUGGAUCAUACUAGGUGGCCUAAUUCUGAAUGGAGAUGUCUGAAGGUGAAAUGGUAUCCCACAGCAGGUGAAAAUUUUCAUCCUGAAAGAGUUUGUCCUUGGAACAUUGAACCAACGGAAUUCAGAAUCAAGAAGAGACCCUCCAUUCUACAUAACCAAAAGAAGGCUCGUACUGAUGAUGUAUCAUCCCCUGGGUUUUCUACCCUGCUAAUGGAUGGCAUGUGGAGUGGUUCCAUUAAAUACGAAUCUCAAAGUAGCUCAGGGGUCUUGCAAGGUCAAGAAGAUAGUGACACAGAUGGUAAUCAACCCGAUGCUCUAAGACAACCAUUACCACAUUGCCUCCCACUAAAUCACAGUUGGGACUCAAUGCAACAGCCAAUACAGAACCAACGAGAGAUUGGUGCAGCACCCUUUUCUGGUGGACAAGUAGAAAGUUUGGGUCUUCAUAAUAGUUGGUCCACAACAUUCUCCUCCUCAAAUGGAGUACAUGAAGAUGCUAUUGCUAGCAGAAAAAUUUCAGUUCCAAAUGUUAAUUCUCAGGAAGGGAGUAUUUCAGAACCAAGGAAUGAAAAUGAAACAUCAUGGUGCGAACCAAAUGAGGGACAUGCUUGCAUGCUUUUUGGAGUUAAUUUAGUUAACGGUCCACUGGAGCCCCCUUCACCCCAACUUGUCACUUCUAGCGAGCUCGAAAGUCAUUGUUCUAUUCCUCCAACUUCUCAGUCAACUGUUUCGAAACCUUCUAAGGGUACAUCUAGCAAGCAGUGUGACAACUGCUGUUCUGCUAGCAAUUGGAGUUGCACCAAGGUACUCAAGCAUGGGACUGCUCUUGGAAGAUCAGUUGAUAUCACUAGAUUUGACGGAUAUAAAGACCUCAUCUCUGAGCUUGAUCGCAUGUUUGAUUUUAAUGGACGAUUGAUUGAUGGAAGCAGCGGGUGGCAUGUAACCUUUACUGAUGAUGAAGGGGAGAUGAGGAUGAUUGGAGAUCAUUACCCAUGGCAGAAAUUUCAGAAUGAGGUCCGAAGGAUGCUGAUCAACCCGAAGGAAGAAAUUGGAAGGGUGAAUCAGAGCUCACUAAUGGCGCCUUAUGAUGAAGUGUUUUAAAUCAUGAGUAUGGUUUGUUGAUUGGCCAUCAGUCUCUUUAUCUUUGAGUGCUUUCCAAUAGGGAGGAAGAAAUGCCAGUGCAACAAACUGCAUGAACCGAAUGUUAGAUAUUAUACAACAUGUAUGAAUAAAUUGAUAGAGAAACAGAUAAAACUACAGAGUAAUUUUUUUUAAUCAGUAUUCCUUCUAUUGAGUGAACA